UACCCUAGUUUUAUCUGUCCCUAUCCAUUGUUGUACAUCUUUUGAAUUGUAUUGAAGGGUGUGUAAGCCUACGUUAAUUAUGUUAGAUCGAAGUAUGGAAAACAAUUCUAAAAGUUACGUUGGCUAUAAAUAUAAGAACUCCGCUGCAUUCGCUCUCAUUUCCAGUCGUAUUAUAGCUAGCGCUUUGAUUCAACCAAAUAAUAAUGCUUUUACUACAAGUUUUAACUUUUUGGGUGACUUUAACAAGUAGUUAUGGGUUAAUUUAUUUGUACCCAAAUAAUUCGAUUGCGAAGCAUUACUGCGGAAGCAGUUUGUCCGGAGCACUGUUUUCCGCAUGCAAGAAGAGCGGCUUCGUUGCACACUUUUCUCCUCGAUCCGAAUUCAAUCGAAGUACGAGAGGAAUAAUUGACGAAUGUUGCAUGAAUCCGUGUUCAAAUGACCAAUUGAUCCAGUACUGCCAAAAAAAAUUUGCCAGAAUUUCUAUAUCUAAAAAAAGGAAGCGAUCUCAGCAUUUCAUAGAAACCAACAAGGUUUCAAAAAGUAAGAGAAGCCCAACCUGUACAUGCAGAUCCAGAGUAAAUUCAGCACGAUUUUCCAAGAAAACAAAGAGAAAUAAUAAUCGUAUUACGAAAGCUCACCAGAGAAAAAAACAGUUGAUGCGCUCCUCAACAGCAAAUCCAAAUAUGGGGACGUCAUCAACCGAAAGCCAAGUUGUCGCGGAAGCUCAGUACAUUGAUGAUUGGACUGGAGACGAAGACGGACUGUUUUUCAUUACUCCGCGCUAGAGAAAGAUGAUCUUAAGAGCCUUAGAAAAUGGCUAUUUUACUAGUAAUUCAGUCGACAUUAAAGCAGACUUACACUUUGUUAAAGGGUGUACAUGCAUGUACAUGUACAACAACUU